AUGCUUUAUGCUCUUUAUCUUCCUCUGCUAACGAUAUUGGGUUGUAUCUCGAGUACCCGUCCAUCAGUGAUAGCCUACGAUAGCCUGAUGCUAAUUCUACCACAUGAGGUGCAUUUCUUGCCGAUCGUUAUGUUGAAAGUUACAGUGAAAGAAUCAUCUGUUGUUAAACCGGCAGAAGAAACACCAAAAGUGUGUCUGUUGACGUCAAAUAUUGACCAACUGUCACCAAUACACGUACAAACUGUGUCCUUUUAUAGGCGUCCAGCAGCAUCAACCGACGAUUUCUUUAAUUCAACUGUAGUGAAGGAUGGUUUAAGCAAAGUUCUCGUUACUUACUACCCAAUCGCUGGGAGAUUGAAGAGAAAUGAAUCCGGGAGAGCUGAAAUCGAUUGCACCGGUGAUGGUGUAAUUUUUAUAGAGGCAGAAACAGAUUCACUUAUCGAAGACCUCGGGGAUUUCACUCCUAAUGAAAAACUUAUGCCUCUCAGUCCUAAUCUUGAUUAUAGCAAGGACAUUUCUGUGUAUCCACCUCUUUUGGUUCAGGUAACGCGUUUCAAGUGCGGUGGUGUUUGUCUAAGUACAUCAAUCAUCCAUAUAGUAGUGGGUGGAGUCUGCGGAUUUAACUUCAUCAAUGCCUGGUCCGGUUUAUGUCGAGGAGUAAACAAUAUGAAAUCUGUCCCGUUCUUUGAUCGAACCGUAUUACGAGCUCGUGACCCGCCGAUAGUAUCAUUCCCACAUAUUGAACAUAAUAAACCAACUUCUAUGAACAUACCACCGUUAUCAAAACCUAAAAUUGCAAUUUCCAAACUCAAUAUCUCAACCAUGCAGGCCACUCUACUGAAAUACAAAUGCAAUAAGGGCGAGUUUCGGUUCAGUACGUACGAAGUCAUUGCAGGGCACAUAUGGCGUUGUGCAUGCAAAGCCCGUGAACUCAAAGACGAUCAAGAAACCGUAAUAUCAAUCCCUUUAGAUUGCCGUUCACGUUCAAUUCCUCCUCUGCCGGAUGGUUAUUUCGGGAACGCCAUAUUCGAUUUAGCACCAAAAGCAAUUUCAGGUGAUAUUGUCUCAAAACCAUUAAGUUAUGCUGUCAAUAUUAUACACGAGACAAUAAAGACGUCGGGAAACAAUGAGUAUUUAAGGUCAGCCCUUGAUUAUCUGGAACUACACCCAGAUAUCUCUAUCCUCAAGGGAGGAGGUCCUCAGAGCUGCAUCAUUAGAAACGUCAGCUGGCUUAAAAUGCCAAUAUAUGGAGAUGAUUUUGGUUGGGGACAACCACUUUAUGUGGGUCUAGGUACGGUUGGUUUAGCGGGUCUAUCUCUUUUGGCUCCAAAACCACCUUGUAGUGACGGUGGCUUUUCGUUAAUUAUUUCUUUGGAGUCUGAUUAUCAUAUGAAUCUUUUUACUGAAUACUUUUACGAAGAUUGUAAUUUGUCCAAAUUGUGA